GCGGCGAGGCUGAGGCUGAGGCGGUGCUGAAGGAGGAGGAGGAGGAGGAGGAAGGAGGAGGAGGAGGAGGAGGCGGCGGCGCGAUGCCGGCGGCGGCCGGGGGGCUGCUGUGGUGGAGCUGCUGCGUGCUGGCGGCGGCCGCCGGGGCUCCGCGGGCGGCUGCGGCGCAGGCAGUGUGUGCUGGCACCGAGAACAAGCUGAGCUCCCUCUCGGACCUGGAGCAGCAGUACCGGGCCCUGCGCAAGUACUAUGAGAACUGCGAGGUAGUUAUGGGCAACCUGGAAAUCACCAGCAUCGAACACAACCGAGACCUCUCCUUCCUGCGGUCUAUCAGAGAAGUCACAGGCUAUGUUUUGGUGGCUUUGAAUCAAUUUGAAUACCUGCCAUUGGAGAACCUGCGCAUCAUUCGUGGGACAAAGCUCUAUGAAGACCGAUAUGCUUUGGCGAUAUUUCUUAACUACAGAAAGGAUGGUAACUUCGGACUCAGGGAACUUGGCUUGAAGAACUUGACAGAAAUACUGAAUGGAGGGGUGUAUGUUGGCCAGAACAAAUUUCUUUGCUUCGCAGACACCAUUCAUUGGCAGGAUAUUGUGCGUAACCCCUGGGCCUCCAACUUCACUUUGGUUCCAACAAAUGGCAGCUCGGGAUGUGGUCGAUGCCACAAAUCCUGCACAGGCCGAUGCUGGGGACCCACAGAGAAUCACUGCCAGACCUUAACCAAGACUGUGUGUGCAGAGCAGUGUGAUGGACGGUGCUAUGGGCCCUACGUCAGCGACUGCUGCCACCGGGAAUGUGCUGGAGGCUGUUCCGGACCUAAAGACACUGAUUGCUUUGCCUGCAUGAAUUUCAAUGACAGUGGUGCAUGUGUGACGCAGUGCCCGCAGACGUUUGUGUACAAUCCUACCACCUUCCAACUGGAACAUAAUCACAAUGCCAAGUACACGUAUGGGGCUUUUUGCGUCAAAAAAUGCCCACACAACUUUGUGGUCGAUUCCAGUUCUUGUGUCCGUGCGUGUCCGAGCUCCAAGAUGGAGGUUGAAGAAAAUGGUAUUAAGAUGUGCAAGCCCUGCACUGACAUUUGUCCUAAAGCAUGUGAUGGCAUUGGAACAGGGAGUUUAGUGUCGGCUCAGACGGUGGAUUCCAGCAACAUUGACAAGUUCAUAAACUGUACCAAGAUCAAUGGCAACCUUAUCUUCCUUGUUACUGGGAUUCAUGGGGAUCCAUACCACACAAUCGCCGCUAUUAAUCCAGAGAAGUUAAAUAUCUUCCAAACAGUGAGAGAAAUAACAGGGUAUUUGAACAUACAGUCGUGGCCUGAGAAUAUGACGGAUUUCAGGGUGUUUUCUAACUUGGUUACAAUUGGUGGAAGAGCUCUGUAUAGUGGCCUUUCCUUACUCAUCCUAAAGCAACAAGGCAUUACCUCUUUGCAGUUCCAGUCCUUGAAGCAAAUCAGUGCUGGCAACAUCUACAUAACAGACAACAGCAAUCUGUGCUACUACCACACAGUCAACUGGACCAGCCUUUUCAGUACACCCAGUCAAAAGACGGUGAUUCACCGAAAUAAAAAAGCAGAGAACUGCACUGCCGAUGGGAUGGUGUGUAAUGAGUUAUGCUCAAGUGAUGGCUGCUGGGGACCAGGGCCAGACCAGUGUCUCUCCUGCAAGCGCUUCAUCAGGGGAAGGACCUGCAUAGAGUCUUGUAACCUGUAUGAUGGGGAAUUUCGUGAGUUUGCAAAUGGAUCUGUCUGUGUGGAGUGUGAUCCCCAGUGUGAAAAGAUGGAAGACAACAUGAUCACGUGCUACGGGCCGGGACCUGACCACUGCACAAAGUGUUUCCAUUUUAAGGAUGGUCCAAACUGUGUGGAGAAAUGUCCUGAUGGCUUACAGGGGGCAAACAGUUUCAUUUUCAAAUACGCCGAUGAGGAUCGUGAGUGCCAUCCAUGUCAUCCAAACUGCACCCAAGGGUGUAGAGGUCCCGCUAGUCAUGACUGCAUUUACUAUCCAUGGACACGACAGUCCACUUUACCACAACAUGCUAGAACCCCUCUGAUUGCUGCUGGAGUUAUUGGUGGCCUCUUCAUCAUCGUCAUUGUGGGCCUGACAUUUGCUGUGUAUGUUCGGCGCAAGAGCAUUAAGAAGAAGAGAGCGUUGCGAAGGUUCCUGGAGACUGAGCUUGUGGAACCCUUAACUCCGAGUGGCACAGCACCCAACCAAGCACAGCUUCGUAUCCUGAAGGAAACUGAGCUGAAACGAGUCAAGGUUCUUGGCUCUGGAGCCUUUGGAACUGUAUACAAGGGUAUUUGGGUCCCCGAGGGAGAAACCGUAAAGAUUCCUGUGGCCAUUAAGAUCCUUAAUGAGACCACUGGUCCCAAAGCCAAUGUGGAGUUUAUGGAUGAAGCUCUGAUCAUGGCUAGCAUGGACCACCCCCACCUGGUGAGACUUCUGGGUGUCUGCUUGAGCCCGACCAUUCAGCUAGUCACUCAGCUGAUGCCUCAUGGCUGCUUGUUGGAUUAUGUUCAUGAACAUAAGGAUAAUAUUGGCUCCCAGCUUCUGCUAAACUGGUGUGUCCAAAUAGCCAAGGGAAUGAUGUACCUGGAAGAGAGGAGACUUGUGCACCGGGACUUGGCAGCCCGUAACGUCUUGGUGAAAUCACCAAACCACGUGAAGAUCACUGACUUCGGCCUGGCCAGACUUCUGGAAGGAGAUGAGAAGGAAUAUAAUGCUGAUGGAGGGAAGAUGCCAAUUAAGUGGAUGGCUCUGGAGUGUAUACACUACAGGAAAUUUACCCAUCAGAGCGAUGUUUGGAGCUAUGGAGUCACUAUCUGGGAGCUUAUGACCUUCGGUGGAAAGCCAUACGAUGGGAUCCCGACUCGAGAGAUCCCUGACCUCUUGGAGAAGGGAGAGCGCUUGCCUCAGCCUCCAAUCUGCACUAUUGAUGUUUAUAUGGUGAUGGUGAAAUGCUGGAUGAUCGAUGCUGACAGUCGGCCUAAAUUCAAGGAGCUGGCUGCUGAAUUCUCUAGAAUGGCUCGAGACCCUCAAAGGUACCUGGUAAUUCAGGGAGAUGAUCGUAUGAAACUACCAAGCCCAAAUGACAGUAAGUUCUUUCAAAACCUUCUUGAUGAAGAAGACCUGGAAGAUAUGAUGGAUGCUGAAGAGUAUCUUGUUCCUCAAGCCUUCAAUAUCCCUCCUCCCAUCUACACUUCCAGGACAAGAAUUGAUUCCAACAGGAGUGAAAUUGGACACAGCCCUCCUCCUGCCUACACCCCUAUGUCAGGAGUCAUGAUGUCAAAAUUCCCUUGCACACCCCUGCUGACAAGCAAUAUGAACCAGUUUGUGUAUAGAGAUGGCGGCUAUGCUGCAGAGCAAGGAGUGCCGAUGCCAUACAGAGCUCCUGGCUGCAUAAUCCCAGAAGCCCCAGUUGCACAAGGGGCCACAGCAGAGAUCUUUGAAGACAGCUGCUGUAACGGCACACUGCGAAAACAAGUGGCCACCCUGGCAAAAGAGGACAGCAGCACCCAGAGGUACAGCGCUGAUCCCACAGUCUUCAUACCUGAGCGGGUCAUCCGGGGAGAGCUGGAUGAGGAUGGGUACAUGACGCCGAUGCGAGACAAACCUAAAACAGAUUACCUAAACCCAGUGGAAGAGAACCCAUUUGUCUCCCGACGAAAGAAUGGAGAUCUCCAAGCUGUGGACAACCCAGAGUACCACAAUGCUCCAAACGGGCAGCCCAAAGCCGAGGAUGAGUACGUGAAUGAGCCAUUGUACCUCAACACUUUUGCAAACACCUUGGAAAACGCUGAGUACCUGAAGAACAAUUUGCCAGAGAAAGCCAAGAAGGCCUUUGACAACCCAGACUACUGGAAUCACAGCCUGCCCCCACGAAGCACCCUCCAGCACCCGGACUACCUGCAAGAGUACAGCACAAAAUACUUUUACAAACAGAAUGGACGGAUCCGGCCCAUUGUGGCAGAGAAUCCUGAAUACCUCUCUGAGUUCUCCCUGAAGCCUGGCACUGUGCUGCCCCCGCCACCCUACAGACACAGAAAUACAGUGGUGUAGUAACCACGGUCUUACAGAAGUGGAAAGGCAACCCCUUCUAGCUGCCUCACUCUUUCUCUCUCUCCUUUUCUCUUCUCCCCUCCCUACCUCCCUUUCUUUCUCCCAUGAGCUUCCUCUUCUUGCCAGUUCACUCAUUUUUGAUAUUUCCAAGACAAAGGAUGUCUUGGAGUCAUUUGCAAAUUGGGUUGGGAACCUGAAAGGAAGGAAGGAAAGAGACUGAAAGGAGGAGUGUACAACCUGGCGCUUCCCGCAGAUCUGAGGGUCAGACGGCUGGAGAAGCCAGGCGGUACCAGUAAGGGCAGUGGCAGUGUUCCUGCUGUCGAGCUGCUUCUCAGUGAUUCAGCCCAGCCACUGAAGGGAAAGCUGCAGAGAGGCUGUCUCUGUCAGGAGGAACUGAUGAGAGUCUGUACAGCAUUCCUGGAAAUCUCAAUGCAGUUUCCAUUAGGGGGAAAAACGGACAUUUUUUAUAUCCUGUGUGAUAGCAUAGUAAUUGAGAUUGAGAAUCCAGUUUCUUUCUCUAACACUUUCUAUCUCAGCAAACGGAAAUGGCUAACCUGGCUUUUCAUAACCGUUCCGAUCUUCAUCGUGGCUUUCCAAGAAAUGAUGAUGUGACUCUAAUAGCCGGCUAAAACCCUUAUUCUGAGCCACACCAUGAUUUUGUGCCACUUUGGUAACCACAGGGACUCCAGCUCAGAACUGGUGCAUGACAUGACCAUUUUUGUAUAUCUGCCAACAGGACAAAUGUUUUAAAGAGAAAAAUCCUUUCAGAAAGGAGUAACAAGACCCCAUCUCCAACCUGUUCUUCUUGAAGCUAAAAGACAGGCCAAGAAAUCAAGAUUUGUAUGUAAAAAGUUUUGUUUUCCUGCUUAUACCUGCUGAACAUAGGUACGUAAAAAGACCCAAACAAAUUCUUCCCUCUUUUUCUUCUUCGCGAUUGUGACAGGAGUAGGGGAUGCUGUCAGGCAACACUGAGGAUGAGAUGGAGAACUGGAGAGUUCCAUAUGGGUCAUGAAGCCUGCUGGUGUUCUGUGGGGUAGCAGUGGGAAGGGUCCUUCAAACUGGAAGAAAGACACUGGACUGGAGAAAACGCACAUAGCAGUUCACUGGAAAGUUAGUUUGCACUUAAGCUCCGAUUUUAUUUGAACUGUUUUCAGGAUUUUGAAUGAAGCAAUAUGGAAGUGACCAGCAAAAUACAAAAUAAUAAUUUUAAGUCUAAAAAAAAAAAGUAAAUUAUAUGUAAAGGAUGACUGUGGAAAUGCCAAAAUGAAGCAAACCAAGUCUUUGGAACAAUGUCCACCAGUUCUGAGAGGCCAUUGCAUUGACUGCUUCAGAGAAUACAGUGACAGAGCAACCACCUCUUACUGCUGCCACAUGACAGACAGCAAGCCCUGAAAGGGAUCAGCGGAGACCAAUGCCUUGCUCCGGCUUGCAGUACAGCCCAGAAUGCUUUUUUCUAACAGGAUUACUCUUGCACAGAAGAAGCGCAUACGAGAUUUGAGAAGUCAAAACGUGCAUGACUUGCAGAGCCUUCAGUCAAAAAGUGUAAAUAAGUAUAAUUCAGUCUCCUUGCACUUAGAUCUGCUUUCAUCAGCCUCAGUUUUUGGGCAGACACCCUGCACACACACCCUCCUCUGUUUGGAAAUAACUUUCAGCCACAGUCCUGGAUGUUUUUAGCGACAUGAGGCAGAUGGAGCUGGGAAGGGUGCAGAAGGGGCCAGUGAAACUGAUAGCUGGCUCCUGAUGUGCCGAGACCUGUGCGUAAGAGCAUUUGCAUACCUAGUUCCCACUGAAAACCUUAAGGACAUAUUAAGUACCCUUGUAGAUCUGUCUGUGUCUCUAUCCGUUAAGGCUUUUAAAGGGGAAGGAAUAAUACCUGCUGGAGGGAAAUCUUAAGCAAAAAAUACCAGUUGGAGGGCAGUGUUAAAUGAUGCAACAGUAUUUCAGUUUAUGCACGUCAGUACUAUUAAAGUCAAGGUCUUGGGGUAAUCUGGAAACAAAACCAGCAACACGUGGUGGUCUGGAAAUUGUACCAAGUUCCUCCAGAAUCCUGCCAUAUGAAUAGCUUGCCACCUUUAAUCAUAAGGGAGCAGAGGAAGGAGUAAGAGACAUGCACUAUUUACCCAAAUCUUGGUGGCUCGGGGUCAGCUUGAUAAAGGUAUGAAGAGAUUUCAAACCUGGGUUGCUUGGUAGGCUUGGAUGUGGAAAGCAGAUGUGUGUCAUCAGUCAGGGUUCGUUCUGCCAACAACCUGCUUCUGUGCUGCGUGUGUUGAGGCCAGCUCGAGCCAGCUGAGCUGCACUCCAGCUGUGGGGCAGGUGCUAGACCUGUAAAUGCAGUACGAAGCUGGGGAGCCCAAAAACAGCAAGGGCAAGUACGGAGCUUUGAAGCUAUUGGAAGGAGAUGUUGGGCCAGGUGGUACCAAGGUGGUGCGUGGUGGCGGAACGAAGUAACCUGCGGAGCACUGAGGUGGAAUUGAUGGUCCAUGAGCAUCAUGCAUCCCAGAGGCCUUGUCUCCUCCCAACACCCUCCCGUAACCGCUCAUGAUUUGUGAUAAGAGACAGAGGCAGGCACUGGGCAGGGGCUGGGUGGCAGAGAUGUGGCAUGAAGUCCUGCAGACGUCACUCCUGGAAGGUUUGCUGGUAGUGCUCAUGGUGUCAUCUGAAGUACGGCCAAAGGUACGGGAGGUUGGGAAACAAUUGCCAAACUGCUUGGGGACAAGGACCAGCACAAGAGCACAGAUGCCUGGCAGUGCAGCAGCAGCUUAGGUGAUGUAGGUAGGUGGAGUAGAGGGGAGAAGGCAUGGAAAGGUUUGUCCCGGAACAAGGCCUUAUAACAGAGUAACUCCUAAUGGAGAAAAAACCUGGCAGUAAGGUUGUGUCUGAAUUCAAAGAGGGGGAUGCAAAGGCUACUUGGGGAGACGUGCUCACAUCUCCUAAACCUGACAGGAUGGUGCUAGGGUGUAGCUGCUAAUGGAAGGUGAAGGUCUGUUUGUUUCUCGGGUAAUUAAGUAAUACCGGUGUUAGAAUAGUCAAUAUGUAAAUAAUUGUGUUCUUUAACAAUUUAACAUGUCUUAGAAAACUUGAAUUAUUUAUUCAAUUUAAUCGUUGACUGUGGGUAUGAUGUAGUAUAUUAGGUAGUGUGGAAACACAGAGGUUCCUUGAAGAGAGGCUGAGCAGUGCUCGAUGCACCUUGAAUAGCAGAGGGCACACAAGGGAUCAAUGAACACAGCAGUGUGUGAUGAUGGAAAACUCAACCAACUGCAGCUUAACAGAUGGGCAUUCUUUUUCCGAGCUUUUGGUUUGAGUUGCAAUUGCCAAAAAUGUUCCUUACAUUUCCUGCUGCACCUAUAGUUGUCCUUUGUUGCACUGUAUGGACGUGCAUGGUGCUGAGCACCUGGUUAACCAUUUUCUUCCUCCCAGUAAGAAUAACACAGCACAUAAGCGUACACCUGUCCUUUGAAAGGGAAGUUCCUCGGAACUAGUAAGUUUUUGUCCCCUUGCCAAAAAUUGAGUUUAACCAUGGUUAAAGGAAAAACAGCAAAACUAAGAGCAAAACUGGCUUUUUUAAUCUAAUCAGCAAAAAUACCGGCCUGGCCAUAACUCGUGUGUUUGCAUUAGUGGUUAUAGCUGCUAUUUUGGAGCAAGGAAUUCAGACAGAUGUACAUGAAAAAUGAGGGCAAAUAUUCAACUAUUACAGUGUGGAAGAUGAAGUUCAGGCUUUGUAAGGAAUAUUCACAGGUUUGUGGGGGGAAAAAAAGGGGGUAUUUCCACCCACAUACUGCAUUUUGUCAGCACAAAGCAGUAGGUGAGAGCAUGGGCAGAAUUAUUUUCUCCAGCUCUGAUAAAUUCUCUGGUUCUACAAUGGUAUCUAUACACACCACUGUCAGUUUUUAUGGAUUUUAUAAUGCAGACACCUAUUUAUAAAUGUUUUCCUUUUGCUUAUCAUAGCAUGCACAAUGGAAGAGCAGUGAAUAACUUUUCAAGAGCAGAUGCCUGCAUGUGUAUCAGCCUUUGUCCAAGGCACAAAGCACACGUGCUAAAUGAAGGAGAACAACAGCUUAUUUUACCUAAUCUCUUGCAGUGAUACUUGUCUUAGAUGUUACCUACCUAGCUGAGGGCUGUUUCAAGCAGAUGUGGAAGCUGGAUUGAUUUGCUGUAACGUAAUUGACUGAAAUCAACUUCUCCUAAAGUUCCUUUUUCAGUUCUUUUUCAAAUUUUUCUGUACAAUAGCUAAGGAGAUGUGCUUACACAGCCAUUUGCUCAGAUGUAGCAGAGUAUUUACAACUUGUUUUCAAACAGGUCAUCCUUCCCAGGUGGGAAGCAAUGGAAAUAAAUCUGAGUGCUUAUCAGCGGCAGGAGCCACCACAUGCAUCUGUGUCAGGUACCUUAAGCUCAGCCCAGAGAUCUUUCUAUAGAAAAAUAAGGUUGUGUUGACCCUGGUUUUUACCACUUAGUAGAAAAUUCAUUCUUGACUGCGGGAGUUAUGCAGUGAUCUCAUUUCUUGUGUUUCUCUGGGUUAAUGAGGAGAGGUCUUCCCUUCCUGUCCACAGGGCAACUUCUGGUAAGCCCAGAAACUGGGUGUGAGGGGCAGUUGUGUUUAUGUGCUGCAGGGGCCAGGCAGCCUGCACACAUGCAGGCUUAUUUCCAAUCAAGAUUUGGGUGGGAAUUACACAGGAGCAUUCCCCUGCCCUCAGCCACCACCAGGCACAGCCUCGACACAAGGAAAAAUGGCAGCUCUGAAAGACCAGCGUGGCCCCGACUGCUCCAAAACCUGCUGCAACCCAGCUGGAGCCAGGCAGUCCAGGUGGUGGGGAGUGCCAGCUGUGACAUGGGUCUGGACAUAAAGCUUGGGGUGGGUUUUUUGGUGUGUGUGUUCUUGAUUGUCUCUGUCCUUUUUUUUUUUUUUUUUUUUUUUGAGGCUAGAUCUACAUGGGAAACUCAGGUGUUAACAAAGAAUCUGGUAUUGUUUUUCUGAUGGAGUGUCUGUGGAGGUGUCCUGUGUCACGGUGGUGGUGCAAAUGAAGGGCCUUUGUGGGCUCUGUUGGGCUGUGCAGGAGAUGAGGAGGCUUUGGUACAAGUCAGCGCUAGGUUUUCCUGGUCCUGCAAUUCCCAAGGUAUCAAAUUUGGCUGCCUUCAGGAACCUUGUGCACCCUGGGCAGGAAUCUCUCCAGAAACCAACAGCCACUGUGGCACACACAUCUGUCCAUCCACCCUUUUGGUGGCAGGGAAUGGGAAUUAAUGUCACUGCCCAAGGGACUGGCAGCUGGGGCAUCUGCUUCAGAGUAAAGGGGCACUACUCUCCUGGGCUCUGUUUUCCCUUGUUCUGCACAAGUGGAGAAUCAGGUUUUCCACCUUGAUUUCCCAACCAGAUUUCAAAAUUUGGAAGCUCAAGUAGGUGUUCUGCUUUGAAGGCUCUUUAGCAUGAGGGGGACUGGUAGAAAAUAGGUUUUAGCAAGAACCGGAGUCAGGCCUCAGGUUAUCAGUAACCUCUUUGGCUCUUAAACAUCACCUCAUAGGAGACAGCAUUGCCCAGAGUUCUUCUGUAUUUUCUAAAAGAUUUUUUUACAUGCAAUAACAUAAAAAGACUGUUCAUUUCUAGAUCUGUCAGUUGUAAUGUUCCCAUUACCUUGGAUUGUAAACCUCUGCUGCUGACGUAACAGCUCAUCUGUUACACGUCCUAGAUUUGGGUUCAGAUGUUACUUCAGAAAGCCAGGGCUGUGCAUGGGCAGGGCUUGGGGGUCUGCAGGGUUCACGCUUCUUCACGGGACAGGAAGCAGGGUCAUCCACCAGGGCAGCCUCUGCAGCUCGGCUGCUUGGAGCAUGCCCCCACUUCAUUUUUUCUCUUUUGCUAAGUGUUAUGCAAGUAGAAAUAGCCACUGUUUCACAAACCAAGAAUAAAUAACAAAGUUCGACAGUUAGAAGCACCACUUUGAAAUGUGCAAAAAUGACUUGUGUCUGCCCUCAUUUUAUUUUAGCACAAGGUCAUACUCCUACCGUGUUAUGUAUUAGUACUUGAUGAUGCUAGUAGGCCUGGGGAAAGGACUGAAGCUAUGGUUGUCUUCAUUGCCCUGUGGCGUCAGCUGGGAUCAUUGUGUAGGUCUGGGCAAUGCAGAGCAUCUUCUGGGGAAGUUGGUGGGUGUUAAAGCCCACCUGGCGGUGGUGGGACACAGUGGGACUUACCUGAAACGCAGCCAUGUGUCUCUCAUGACUGGUGCCAGGCUGAAGAAAUGGUCCCACCCAAGGCAUCCUCCAGUUAGAGACUGUGCUGAGAAAGAAGGAGGUCUGAGAGGGACAGCUAAGGUUGCUUCCCUAAGGAAGAAGUGAGAGCAGUCAGUGCUAUGGUUUUUUUUUUUUUUUCCCUCUAUUUUCAGAGAGCCCUUUGGACCUUGGUAGAGAGGGGUUUUAAAGAGAGGCUUGUGAGGUGUUAUGCCAUGUGAGUAGUUACGUCCCAGUUCUUCCCCCUCCUCAGUAAAAAAAAAAAAAAAAAAAAAAAAAAAAAAAGCCAUGAAUUGUGCUCUAAGCGCAUCGUGCAUGAAGCCACCAGGGCAGAGGUGCACCUUGCACAGCACCCUCUUGCUGACGGCUCGGGGCGGUUGCUGCAACCAGGGCACGUGCUUUGGCUGUCACCGCAGCGCCAGUGUCCCCAUGCCCUGCCCAGGCUUUGAGCCCUCUUAGGUAUAAAAGCACUGUAUUGUCCAUAGCACUCCGAAGACUAACCCUUUUGGGAUAACCACAGUAAGAAACUGUGAAUGGUAUUUUAUAAGUAAGUGUAGAUAUGUAUGCCGUUCUUUUGAGGUAAGGUACUAUGACAUAUGUAGCAUAAACUGGUACUGUUGUUAAAUGGGUCGAUUAUUAACUGAGCAGCUGUGUAAGGGGUAGCUAACUUUGAAUGCACUACAACCAGUGUUCCUGUGGAGAUGGGGGCUGAAGGUAUUUGCUGGGUAUGUGUCUUCAUGGUGGGGUAUGUUGAGGAGAAAAUGCACAUCAAAGAAAAAAUCACGAUUAUUUAAUUUCGUGUUGGAAAUCGGUGCACAUUCAGUACAUUAUUCACAGUGGUUUUCACCUAUUUUUUUUUUUUUGGCCCAGUUUUUGAAAUUUCCCCAACAUCUUAAGUUGGAAUUUCUAAGAGGUAGCAGCCCUAGUGUAUGGAGGGGAAACUGAGGGGAAAAAGAAGCCUGUUUCUAAAAACAUACUAUCCAACCUAUCCAAAAUACAUUUCUUGACCUUGCAGUCUCAAACUACGUAUUCCUCCUGGUGAGGCUCAAAUUCCCAAGCCUGGAGGACAACAUUGCUGCCCCCUCAAAAUCCAAGGCUGGGCCCGGUCUGGGAGGUGAAGCAGGAAGAGCGCAGAGCUCCUGCAGGGUGGGUGCCCCUCACAGCACCUCCCAGACCAGCCUGCCGGGAGGUAGGCGGGGCAGGGGUGGGGAGGGUUUUUAGGCAAUUCUCCAUGUGUUUAUAGUGCACAGAGGUGUUACACACUAAUACUUCUGCCUUAUGAAGUACCUUCAGAAGAAGAGAAGCAUCAGCAUGUUGGGGAAGACGCUCAUUUCGUGCAGAGUGAUGCAUUCAGAGUUAGCUGCCUUUCUGAAACAAAAAUACAAAAAACUACUGUAUGUUACUUUGAAAAUGUGAAUAGUAUUUUUAUAGCUUGUUAAAGACACAGCUAGUUGCAUUUGUAAAUAAGGAUAAUGUUGCUUUUAUUUUCCUUGUGGACACCAUUAUUUGGAACAUAAUUGUCCUUAGGGUUGAUUUGUAUAUAGGUAAUUUGCUUGUGAUUUAUGCCGCUCCUCCCCUUUUCUUUCUUUCCCUUCCCACCUUCUGGUUUUGAUUAGAAAUACCAUUUUUGGCAUUCUGUGUGAUUCUGUGUUUUAGCACUAUUGUGGUGUGUUCAGACUUUCUGCACUUGCUUACACAGUAGGGUAUGCCAAUUGUGUGUGGCGUAACGUUACUUUAACCUUUUGUUUCUCAUAUUUUAGCUAUUGAGGAUUACGCACUGUUAAAAUACUUACUGACCUGGGUUAAUAUUAGGUACAUAUUUUAGCAUAAUUUCCCUUCUUUUCAUGGUUUCUUGUUUUUUCUUUUUUUUCCCCUUCCCUCCCCUUUUGUCUUGUUUGGAGGCUGGGGAGAAGCCUGAGGAUCUUCUCUUUGUGUGGUUAUACUUUUUCCCCCAUGUGCAGUCCCAAGUUUUUCCUCAUGGUCCUUGGGGUAGAGCUUUAUCUGUUUGUUAAGGCAAAUGUAGACUGCCACCCACCUUGCAUCAACCCACGCUCAUCCCAGCUGAACAAUUUGAAAACUGUUCUGCCUUUUUGUUACAUGAAUCUGUCAGAAAUAUAUUUUUAAUUUAAUAUAAAUGAAAUUCAAUAAAAUAUGAAACAAAA